ACAUUUCUCCACACCGCGCGCUGAGCAAUUUUGAUUUUAAUUUUCCAGGUUUUCAUUAAUAUUUUUAUGAAAAAUGUCUAUACAAGUCGAAAAUAACUUAGGGAAUGGCGACAACAAAGAGGUGUUCGAGCAACGUGCACAUUUUAUUCCAUGUAAAGUAGAAGAAGACGGUGAAGCAAACGUGAAAAAAUAUUUUGAACCCUACAUCACUGAUGAUAGCGGAGAUCUAACAGCAACGUUUCGUGGUUAUCCAUUGGACGGAACAAAAAUUGCACUACCGGAAGGCUACAGAGCUGUAAUAGCAACUGAAACGAAAAGGCCCCUGGCUGAAGAUGCAGAUCGGAGGUUUCAGGUGGCUGGUGGUUUCAAGGAAGUCAUAUACUGGAAUUGGGAUAAGAAACCUUCGAAAAAUGACAACCUUACCAAAGCCAUGGACUGGAUCGACAUAGCUGCUGCGAUACACGGAGACUGAAUGAACAGAAAUUAAUUAUAAGAAAGUAGACUGUUAAUCGCACUAAUAUUAUAAGGGUGAAAGUUUGUGUGUAUGUUUGUUACUUCUUCACGUCUAAACGGCUGGAGCGAUUUUAAUAGAAUUUGGUAUGGAGUUAGCUGACACCCUGGAUUAACGCAUAGGCUACGUUUACUGCGGGAAAAUAUUCCUAAUAAACCGCGGGUAACACCGCGGGGCACAGC